AUGGUUAUAUUUGAAGCUUUGAUAUCAAGUAGAUAUAAUAGUUUUUGUAGAAGAGGAUGCCUAGUACUUAAUGAUCAUUGUAAUGAAUAUAAAACAGAAGUAUGCUUAAGAGACGAGGAUACUACAGAUAAAGAAAUUAACGAGAAUAGUAAUACUUAUCUCACUAUUCAUACUCCAACAAUAAGUGUUCCUACUUUCAAAGGACAUCCAUUGUAUAUUUUACCAAAAACGAGAGAUAACAAAGAAGUUUGUUCAUUAUUUAAAGAUCUGGACUAUUUACUUAUUGGAUAUCCAUUAGACUGUAGUGCUUUAAAUAAUAAUAGUAAAGUAGAUUAUUUAAAAUACGAAGAUAUUUUUUCAAUGAAAUGUAGAUGUAAACAGUUGAAAUCACUCAAUCUUCUUAAAAGGUCUGAUUCACAGCUCUGCAAUGGAGGUGAGAUAUUGUAUCAAAUGUUUCGUCAACCUCUGUAUGACGAUGUAUCUAUGUGGAAUUGUGUAAAUAACCUUGUUUUGAGGACUGAAAAUGGUAGAGUUCAGAUAGACUAUAGAAACGUUAUUGCUAGCAUGGAAAAAUUUAGACCUGUAUUAUACACUGCACCAGCAGAGGAAUCAAUAACAGAAAUAAGUGGUAAAAAUGCCUCAUUUAGAGCAAUAUCAUUAGCUAAUGAUGAGCUAAUUAAAUUAUUGGAAUAUCAUUUGAAUCUUGACCAUAAAACUGUUUGUGAUUGUUCACACACUUCUGAAACACAUCCUGAUAACUGUAAAUAUGGAGAAACUUGCAAAAUGGAAUUGCCAAUAAACUCUAGUAGUUCUUCAGUCUGUGAAUCAAUUAGACCAAAUAUUAUUGCUAAUAUUCAGGGAGCACAUUUUGAGAAUUAUAGAGUUGCAUCUUCAUUAAGUAUUUGGGACUUGUGCAAAGGUACUGGUAAAGGUCUAGAGAAUGUACAGUUUAACAAAGAACAGGGGACAGUGGAAUUAAAGGAAGUACUACUAAGCCCCAGCAAAAAAGCUAUGUUGUAUGACAAAAUUAUAGCAGGUGUUACAAUUGGUGGAUUAGGUUACUCAGAGUCAUCUUUUGUUAGGAAGAAGUGUAUACAUUCUGUAGUAAAGUAUGUGCCAGAAGAUAAAAUCCGAUUUUUAUCUCUGAACUUAGGAAGUCCUAUUGAAAUCCUUCAAGCAUUCUGGUUAGGUAUUGAUAUAGUAGAGUGUCCUUAUAUAUACAAAAGUUCUCAAAGUGGUAUUGCAUUGGUAUUUAAUGUAGAUGAAUUCUGGUCAACAGAACAUGGCAUAAUACACAAUAAUGAAGAAUUCGAAAAUGUUAAGAAAUUUUUACUUGAAGAAGAUUUCACUUCAAAUAAUACUGAUAACCUAUUAUUUGGAGGUGCUCGUUAUAUAAAUUUGUCAGAUAGGAAGUGUGAAAUGGAUUUUAGUCUGGUAGCUGAAGAUUCACCAUUACCAUAUUCAAGAGCAUAUCUUCAUCACUUAAUAAAUUCGCGUGAAAUGCUAGCAUUUACUUCUUUAUUUUUACAUAAUUAUUGGAAAUAUCAAAAUCUCUUGCAGUCAAUAAGAAGAGCAAUUGAAUUUGGGUUAUAUGAACAAUUUGUUACCUGGUUUGUUACUACACAAACAGAAAAAUAUAUACACCCAACAAAGCUACCACAAUUACCAACAGAAACAUACACUGUGGAUGAUGCGAAGGAAGUCAUAUUAAGCCACCAUCAUAAAGUAGGAUGCUGA